CACAAUGGAAGUCGGCAUCAUUACCUGCAUGAUCUGUAUGUUUGCAGUUGCUUUGACGGUGGGAGGGCCAAUUGGAAGACAGGCCUCUCAGUCAGAGAAAACUGUCCCCGUUGGAGCAUAUGUAACCUUGGAGUGUCCCCUUGUCCCCGACGAUCUAUGGACGUACGUGUACUGGAGGAAAAACGAUCACACUAUCUACUCUCUCGAAGUCAAGAGUAAUACCCCAUGGACAAACGAUACAAGAUAUGAGGGCAGCAACCAUGCUACACGUUUAACGAUCACGGACCUCAAGAAGACAGACAGUGGAGUCUAUUAUUGUAAAGUGGCGACUGUACGCUUCAUUAAGGAACGUGGCCAUGUACUGCUAUCUGUUACAGACCAAGAGGUAGGACUAUCCACCACUUCUCCAGGUGUUUCUUCAACGAUACCACCGCAACCUGCUGAAGAUUCUUCAAUAGCUUUCAUCGUCAAAUGCUUAGCAUUUAUCUUCAUCACCACCAUCAUCAUCAUCAACACCAUGUAUCUUUUUAAGAAGUACCGGGAACGGGGCAACAGACCUAUGGCAUACGCAGAAAACAUCAGAUCUGAAUCAAAUUUGGCUUACAUUUUCACUUGCUAA